AUGGCGAAGAGAAACUCUUUCAAUCGCAGUACCGGAAAGAAGACGUCUUUCACGUUCCCGCUGCUUCACGCCAAAGUCGCCAAUGCCGUCAACGACCGUAUCAUCGUCGUCUGGGUCAGCAGAAAGACCACACAAGAGCCAAACAACACUCACUCCACCUCGGUAGUGGGAAAGUUCACUUGCGACAACGGCGCUUGUUCCAACAAAAUUUGGACAAGCGGAAACGUGGCUUUGCAGAUUCAAGGAUACCCAGGAGGCGGCUAUAAUGCAGUCGUAUACAAUCAGCGAUGCAGAGUGUGCAAUCGACUGGGGAUUUUCUCCCUGGAUGAGGUCACAUACGUCGAUCGAAUCGCAUAUCGGUUGGAUAAGUGGGCGGGCGUGGCAAUGGAGCGGCGUGUGUACGAAAAAAAGGCUACCCCUCCCCACAAGAAAGAGCUUUGUGAGGGCUGCAAGAAAGGCUGUUGUAGAGCAGGCUUUGGUAAUCUCAAUUUGUACUGA